UGCUUUUAAGAACCGGCGACUGGCCGUGGGCUCAGUCGGGGGUGCGGGGCUGUGACCUAGAGGCUUCGGUGCCGAUCCUCCAGGCGUUCGCGCGCGCCAGCUGUCCUCGCGGCCGCCUGCGCGCUGCCCGCCCGCCCGCCCGCCAGGGGCUCCGCCGCCCUCGCUUCGGCCUCGUUAGCCCGCCAGGAGUCCCGCAGCUCCUCCGGGAGCCCGCUGGUAACUCGCGUCCCUCGCGCUCCUCCAGCGCCUGAGGGGGCCGCCUCGGGCCAUGGUGCUCUCCCAGGAGGAGCCGGACUCCGCGCGGGGCACGAGCGAGGCACAGCCGCUCGGCCCCGCGCCCACGGGGGUCGCUCCGCCUCCCGGCCCGGGACCCUCGGACAGCCCCGAGGCUGCUGUCGAGAAGGUGGAGGUGGAGCUGGCGGGGCCGGCGGACGCGGAGCCCCAUGAGCCUCCUGAGCCCCCCGAGGGCGGCUGGGGCUGGCUGGUGAUGCUGGCGGCCAUGUGGUGCAACGGGUCGGUGUUCGGCAUCCAGAACGCUUGCGGGGUGCUCUUCGUGUCCAUGCUGAAAACCUUCGGCUCCAAAGACGAUGACAAGAUGGUCUUUAAGACAGCAUGGGUAGGUUCUCUCUCCAUGGGGAUGAUUUUCUUUUGCUGCCCAAUAGUCAGCGUCUUCACAGACCUAUUUGGUUGUCGGAAAACAGCUGUCAUGGGUGCUGCCGUUGGAUUUGUUGGGCUCAUGUCCAGUUCUUUUGUAAGUUCCAUCGAGCCUCUGUACCUUACCUAUGGAAUCAUAUUUGCCUGCGGCUGCUCCUUUGCAUACCAGCCUUCAUUGGUCAUUUUGGGACACUAUUUCAAGAAGCGCCUUGGACUGGUGAAUGGCAUUGUCACUGCUGGCAGCAGUGUCUUCACAAUCCUGCUGCCUUUGCUCUUAAGGGUUCUGAUUGACAGCGUGGGUCUCUUUCACACACUGAGGGUGCUCUGCAUCUUCAUGUUUGUUCUCUUUCUGGCUGGCUUUACUUACCGACCUCUUGCUACCAGUACCAAAGAUAAAGAGAGUGGAGGUAGCGGAUCCUCCCUCUUUUCCAGGAGAAAGUUCAGUCCUCCAAAAAAAAUUUUCAAUUUUGCCAUCUUCAAGGUGACAGCUUAUGCAGUGUGGGCAGUUGGAAUACCACUUGCACUUUUUGGAUACUUUGUGCCUUAUGUUCACUUGAUGAAACAUGUAAAUGAAAGAUUUCAAGAUGAAAAAAAUAAAGAGGUUGUUCUCAUGUGCAUUGGCAUCACUUCAGGAGUUGGACGACUGCUCUUUGGCCGGAUUGCAGAUUAUGUGCCUGGUGUGAAGAAGGUUUACCUACAGGUACUCUCCUUUUUCUUCAUUGGUCUGAUGUCCAUGAUGAUUCCUCUGUGUAGCAUCUUUGGGGCCCUCAUUGCUGUGUGUCUCGUCAUGGGUCUCUUCGAUGGAUGCUUCAUUUCCAUUAUGGCUCCCAUAGCCUUUGAGUUGGUUGGUGCCCAGGAUGUCUCCCAAGCAAUUGGAUUUCUGCUCGGAUUUAUGUCUAUACCCAUGACUGUUGGCCCACCCAUUGCAGGGUUACUUCGUGACAAGCUGGGCUCCUAUGAUGUGGCAUUCUACCUGGCUGGAGUGCCUCCCCUUAUUGGAGGUGCUGUGCUUUGUUUUAUCCCAUGGAUCCAUAGUAAGAAGCAAAGAGAGAUCAGUAAAGCCACUGGAAAAGAAAAGAUGGAGAAAAUGUUGGAAAACCAGAACUCUCUGCUGUCAAGUUCAUCUGGAGUGUUCAAGAAAGAAUCUGACUCUAUUAUUUAAUAUCUUACAUACCUCCACCAGACUGGACUUGCUUUUUGAAUUUUAAGCAAGUUUCCUUUCCUUUUAUACGAAUUGCAAAUUUCAUAUUUUUUUAAUCACAUCCUAGGAAUAGCACAAUAAUUGGGAAAUAGAACCCUUACCACUACAAGAACCAUUUUCUGCCACUGAAUAUCUCUGAUCCUUCCAUGAGUCUGAGGGCAGAGACUCUGGUAUAUGAAAACAUGUCUGAAAGUCACAUAUUGUGAAAAUUUGAAGCUCUCUCAGUAAAAAGCAACUUUGGAAACUGUGAAUGAUCUUUAGCUUGUACAAAUAUUUAAAAAUACCUCAAGCUAUACUGAAAGGGUUGCAGUUUGGUUAGGAGUGGAAAUACUUUGUUUGUUAAUGAUGUCUUCAGUUCUGGUACCUCUGUUUUACUCUCUUAUGCUCUUUGGAAACUUUUUGCAAAAUUGAAGCCUGGGUUCUAGGUAAUACCAGAUCUACCUAAACCUCCAGUUUGUGUUAAAGUUGCUUUCCUGCUGUUAGAUAAGUUAUGAUAUUAAGAUAUUCUGACUUGCUCCAGUGUCAAGGGAUCUUCUGGGAGCAGGUGCUAACAAUGUGUUCAGAAUCAAUACGUGAAAUGAAAAGGAUCCUCUCCAGGAGGACCCUGAGCUGUUCAGAAAUCAUUUAAGUUGACAGCAUUGUUCCCUUUGCGUUUGCAGUGUGUUUUACUCAAGUAGCCAGAAACACCCCACGUUUCUGAAUUGUUUAAAUUGUAACAAUAAAGUAAAAUAGAAUGCA